AUGUCGGAAGGUUCAAACUCUGAAUUGGUGGAGGGUGGAGAAUCUGAAUUCCAUAGGACUGGUCUGUCGGAAAGCAGGCGUGGAUCUGCUUCAAGCUUGAGUAUAGUGCUCCCAGCAAAAUCAGAGUUAUGUAGGUAUUACGGUAUACCUGGUGGAUGCGUUCGUGGAGAUGCAUGCUUCUUUGCUCAUGGUGAUGAAGAAAUUCGGAAAAGAUCAAGAAACUUAUCACCAAAUAUGCUUUACAGUCCCUCACCUCUGAUGCGGCUCAUGAAAUUGAAUCAAAUGUCGCCAGAGGAUUUAAAGAAGAAAGUCUUUGUAGGUGGUCUCCCACCAUCUGUUGACUCAGAUGACUUGAGAGUGUUUUUCGAAGAAAAUUUUGGUCCUGUCAGUGAUGCAGUUGUAAUUGGCAGUCAUUCUGGUGACCAAGUUCAGUCUCGUGGUUUCGGAUUUGUAAAAUUCAAGCAUGAGGCAUCGGUUUUACUUGCCAUACAAACUCAUUACAUCCACCUGUUUGGAAAGAAGGUGGAGAUCAAGGGUGCCGUUCCACGCACAGGAGUAUCCCAUCUUGAGACUUCUGAAAGAAGUUUCCCGAUGACAAGAUCAUUGUCACCUGAGGCUUCUUUUGGGGGUACUUCGAGCUCAAGUUUGCUGACACCAAAGCUGCCGUUUACAAAUCUCAAUUGCAAUGCAGAAAGUGAAGAGCCAGCUCAGUGGACGAAGAGAGGAAACCAAGGUGCCGAUGAUCAGUCAUCGAAGAAAAAAAAAGCCGUAUCAGAAGGUGGCUCAUCUACGGCACCCACAUGCAAUGCCGGCGCACAAUGGGUGUUACGGUUCAAGCAAUGGCUUCCGAGUUUCUUGAUUGAGGUCUACAACCGCUUAAAGGAAGGAGAGUGGUACCCAUUAUCUUCGUUAAAGGGAGAUUUCAGAGCCACUUGUGGUUUAGAGUUAGACCACACGAGCAUUGGCUAUCAUAAACUCCAUGAUUUUAUCAAAUCCCAUCCAGAAUUGUGCAAAAUCAAGAUUGUACCUGUAGGAUUAGGCCCGGCCACUCACAUGGUGCUUCUUCCUGCCUCAAUGUGGACGAGAUCGACUGGGCGCCAUCAGAUGGAAGGCAGAACAUUGAUGGAAGAUGGGCGGUCAUAUGCAGCUGCAAUUUCCCGCGGGAAAGCAAGAAUCGUGACAGAGAAUGUUCAAUCUCCCGUGGUUUCUUCCAUGACGACAACUAUGGCUCCUCUCCGAAGAGCCAUGAAUGCAUAUGACAGAUAUGCAGUCUCUUCUCAAGAUUUGAAUUUUGCAGACUCUUUUCAGCAACUUGCUGAGAACAAAAGGAUUGGGAACUCAGAGAAUAAUGCUUUGAAAGCAUCAAGUUCCUUGGGUCAAAUUGGAACUAUUGGACAAACAUCAAUGUUCCCAAGCCAGAAUGGAAUGCGAGGGGGAUUAGAGGACCUGGGAUCUGUAGGAUCCUCUAGGAGCAGCAACGGAACGCCAAGUGGUCAUACUGAGAAUUUUUACUCCCUCUUCUCAGAAAACAACAAUGCAUGUAUACACAAUGGAAGCGCGUCCAGGGGCACCUUUACACAAAGUUCUGAUCCUCAUGUCAUAGGUAACUUCAUGGAGGAGCCAAGAACACCAGUGCUUCAAGGGAACUUGAAAUCGUUUUCAACCUACGAAAAUCAGCCGAUACAUCAACCAUACAAUAUAUGGGAUCAUAAGUUUCCUGAUAUCAUGAUGAUGAGUGGUGACAACGAGACAGAAGUUUGGAGAUCACCAAAUUGA